GAGAGAAGGAGCACUAGUACCAACAAGCCUUGGAGAAUAUGAAGUUGUGUGUGUGUCUUUGUGCUUUUUUGGCCAUUGUGCCAGAACGACUCCCAGUCUGAAAUGGCGCAUUGUUUCUGUUUCGGGUCGUGCACGAGCGCGCCUCCUGCAACCGUGUACUCGCAUUGAACUUUUACACGGUACUUGUCCAAAAAUUGUUAUUUUUGCCCCAAACGUAGUUGUUUGAAAGUCUUGAAAUGUGGAGGACGCGUGUUUAUUGCUUUUCGGCAUGGGGAAGUAGAUCACCAGUGCAAGGAAGACGACGGCAGCAAGAACCACGGGCGUAACGAAACAAACGAGGAAUCGCGCGUAAGUAACCCGAGUGGGUAGUAGAGGAAGUGCAGCUUUUGAUUUUGGCCAGAGCGGUCGCUCUCCCUAGUAUUACUCACAGCUACCGAAUUUUCUCUACUUCUCUGACCGUCCUCAGUGAUGGUCGCCUCUGCUGUGGUACCUCGCUCGGGAUCGCUGUGCACGACCUUUCGGCGUUUCUGGUCCAGCGCAUCAGCGUCACCGGUGCAAAGCAACCCAAGGGCUGCGUUUGUUCCGGCCACCUCGAGGACGCAUGUGGCAGUUGGGUCUGCGGCGGGCGGGAAGAUACUAGGGGGGCACUGGAACAAUCCGAAUCACAACGGAAAUGCGUUGCGGCUCCGCAACAAUCCAAGGGCGAACCGGAGUUCUUGCAGAUCACCACUUUUACGACCAGGCGCACAACAGCAGAUUCGGCACUACCGACACUGGCACGCACCCGCGGUGGAUGAUUUUACGCUGCCGCCGCAUUCCAUGCCCAUUGAUAUCAAGGAGAUUUUAAAGCUAUCCACACGGAAAAACGACGGGUUCGUCUGAAGACUAGGGAUUUGCAACGUCAUCCUGUAAAUGGCAAGCAGGCCGAGCACUACACAGCUACGCAGGACGAGUUUUCUAGCUCCGGUGCACGAGAACUCGGGUUUUUCGAAUACAUCUUGACAAAGAAUAAUAAAAAACAGUCGACCCUCGUCUGCGCAGCACCAGCAUGCGUGAUUACAGAAUCGACUGUGUAUAAUGCUAGCCAAGCAUUACCCAGUCUUCGUCUUCCAGAUCUGAACCAACCACCUAUUUUCACUGCAUAGAAGGAUCCGAGCAAGCGGGAGUUUGACUUUCUGGACCACUACUGGUACUGGCGGAUUCGGAAGGAAUCCACAAUCAUGCACCCGGAGAGGCUCGUCACGCUCACGUAUCAAGUAACUCUUGCUGAUGCUGCGGGUGACCUGCGUUUGCAUGUCGUGAAACCAAUAGAUACUCGACGGAAAUCGAGAAGUUGCUGGCGACGAAGCAAGAAGUUGCUGGCGAUGAAUAUGGAUUUUCUUUGUCACACUUUUUCUACAACAGGUACAAGCAGCUAGCGUACGAUAUGGGCAUGCCAGUAGUGGUACGGAAAACAAUGUCUGUGAUUUUUCUUCAGCAGUGUCUUCAACCGCGUAGGCGUGCUGUUGUCAUGCGAGUUGUCUAUUUCUUUUUCUGCUGGUGCGCAGCUCGGAGCUGCCGUGCACCAGGAUCCUCUGUCAUUCCUCGAGCGCACAGCGAGAAAAAGAAUGAAUGCAUUGGUUUUAUGGCAAAAAAAACGAGCGAGUCUUUGUCUUGCGUUCCUAUUUUGUGUUGCAUGCCACAGCCACGUGGUUGGACAAGCAAGUUGACAAAUACUAAGUUUUCCUUUCACACUCUUCCGACGUCUUGGAACACCACAUGGGGAUCAUCGAAUUGUAUGAAUACUUGAAAAGCUCGCCCAUGAUCGGGCCUUUCGGGACUGUCGAGAACCCGGUAAUAGUGCCCUCCCUUUCGGAUAUCCGCCAGGUGUGUUGUACGGGCGGCACUGGUGAUAACGAACACGACGCGAUGUUGUAUCGUUACUUUUGCUCAUCUUGAUGUGUUUGUGUUUUUAAUUUCGCGUUUGCUAGCUAGUACGUCAACAUCUAUUUUUUUCGCACGAGCAAUUUGAUUGUUGAGGACAUCGACAUGGACGAACCAUAACCGACGUCAACAAUACUUAAUCAGCUUCCACUGCCGCGAGGGAUUUCUGUACCGUUGCGGUGAGUGCGACCAGAUCUUCAUGCUGGUUCGCGUGACGUACGGGAAUUCCUGGGUGGACGAAAGUUACAAGGAUCACAAGGAGAUUUUCGCCAAGGAUCCGGAUGUCGACGACGUCUUUGACAUCAAGUUGCUUGAGAGAGGUACUACUGGUGGUGAUAAAUGAUGUACUUACUCCAACCAUUUUAUGGUCGUGACCAUUUUCAUGGUCGCAACCGCAAGUGCAGUUUCGCUAUGCGCGAGAGAGAAUUACAAUUAUUUGCACAUCGUCCCAGGUCAUCGCAUGUGGAACAGCAGUGAUAUGCUUCGAUGGGAGAUGGGCGCGCAGGCCUUGAACGCCGUGCCAACGCCGGAAGACGCCACGGAAAUGAAGAUGCCCGUGAUCCGGGAGGUGGAUCUGAGUGUCGACGCAGACAUGAAGAAGCUGCCGGCGAAGUAAAAAAUAACGCAUAUAUCCAAUUGCUUGACGUAAAAACAAUCAGAAAAACAUUAUUUUCCAGCAGGGCUAGUGUACCACUUGCAGAAGUCAGAAACUUAUAAUUUCAACGAUGACGCUGACCCGGAGUCAUCUACAAGUGGUAAAGGGGUACUAAAAAGUACAGAAUUGAUGAAGAUGAACCAAAGUGAGCUGGGCCACCAGUUGUCAUUGGAAGAGCAACAAAAAGAUGAAAUUCAUACGUUGAAGAGUUCUUUCGGCAGUAUGUUGGAACUCGGGUAGAAGGAGAAAGAACUCGCCGCGUAGUUCCAACACGAUAGUGUCGAAUGGAAUCCGACAACUGCGAUAAUGCGGUGUGCUGGUAGCAGGGUCAGAGCAUCUCUGGCCUUUUGAUUCAUUGCACGGCUCUGCAGCUCCUCCGAUGUGUUGAUGUUCGUCCGCAUCAAGUAAGG